CUUUAAUACUUGUCUUUAAUAACUAGUAUCACUUUUUGUUUCAUUCUCGGCGGUUUUUUUGCUUACUAUUUGUUCAACAACCAUGUCGGAAAUCACAGUCGCCGUGUACGAGCGCAUCAUCAAUCUGACCAUCGAUGGCAUGGCGCAUGCGUUCGCUCAGGCGGGCAUCGACGCCUCCGUCACGGACGAGAUCAAGCAGCUGUGGCACGAGAAGGUCAACGCGACCACGGCGCUGAUGCCAAUCGAGCCAGCCAUGGCCGCGCAGGACCACCUCAACUUGCCACUGUGGAUUGAUCCAUACAGAAACGGAAAUGGCGGUGCAGAUCCCUUGCCACAGUCGUCGGCGUCGUCUUCAACGACUGUUGCUACUGCUGCUGCUGGUGCACCUCGAACACCGGCACCGCCAACGGCAUCGCUUGCUGCGCCAUUGCCGGUGCGACAGACACAGCAGACACAGCCACCAGUGUCGCAUACUCCAGCGAGUACGCAGCAACAGCAGCCGCAAACAGCACCAGUCGCAACGCCAGGCGGACCGCUGCCGUCGUUCGACGCCGCAACACCGGCAGGCGCCACACCUGCCGCGCUACCUAGCUUUUCAGACGCGUCUCUUAGUUACCCCCACCACCACCAGCACCACCACAACGGCGAUUCAAACCGCAUGUUCCAGCCAAUUCCACCGGACACUCCCGCAGUGUUUGCCAACCCAUUGACGUACGCAACUCCCGCCCCGCAUGUCCCUGGCGCAUACAUGGAUCCUGCGACACCGUUUGUUCCUGUUGCCUCCACGCCAGCGCACGAUGGCUCUGCGCCGAGUGCAACCGCCCCAGAGGAAGCUGCAGCCUCCUCUGCCGCUGCCCCUGCCCCUGCCGCCAGCGACGAAGCGGCGCCACCAGCUCAAGAGUACAAAGACGACGAGCUGUUGUCGGACUCUGACGAGGAGGAGGCCCCAGAAGAAACUGGCGAAAAGAACAUGAUGCUAUGCACGGCAGAGAAGGUCACACGGAAUCGCAAUCGGUGGAAGACCACGUUGCGCGGCGGCAUUGUGACUAUUCGCGGUCGUGACUAUGUAUUCCGGACAGCGACUGGCGAGUUUACCUUCUAACUCCUGUAAAAACCAACUGAACUGUCCUGUAUGUGAAAUGUUGCAAUACAAACCAUUCGUUGCGUUUCGUUCGCUCUUGUCCCCUUGCUGCCUCUUUUUUUUUUGUUUUGACAUGUAGAAUGAUGCAUUUUUAAUACACUCUUCCAUUCUUCCAGA